UCGGGGGAGGGGGGGGAAGAUGGCGGCGUCCUCGUUGGAGCAGAAGCUGUCCCGCUUGGAGGCCAAGCUGAAACAGGAGAACAGGGAGGCCCGCCGGCGCAUCGACCUCAACCUGGAGAUCAGUCCGGCCCGGGCUCGGCCUAUUAUUGUGAUCACUCUAAGCCCUGCUCCCGCUCCAUCCCAACGUGCAGCAUUGCAGCUUCCCUUAGCCAAUGAUGGCAGCAGCCGUUCUUCCUCGUUGGAAAACUCGCCCCAACAUCACACACAUCCGUCACGCCCCCGAAAUAUUCUGGGCCUUCCUCCUCAGCCGCCAUUCCUCAUGCACAGGAGCAUGGAGAGCAUAGAAAUCGAUCAAAAAUUGCAGGAGAUCAUGAAGCAAACUGGCUACUUGACCAUUGGAGGUCAGAGAUAUCAAGCUGAAAUCCAUGACCUAGAAAACCUGGGUGAGAUUGGUAGUGGGACAUGUGGACAGGUGUGGAAAAUGCGCUUCAAGAAAACAGGACACAUCAUAGCUGUGAAGCAAAUGCGUCGUUCUGGUAACAAAGAAGAGAACAAGAGGAUCCUAAUGGAUCUAGAUGUGGUGCUGAAGAGUCAUGACUGUCCCUAUAUUGUUCAGUGCUUUGGGACUUUCAUCACAAAUACUGAUGUUUUCAUAGCAAUGGAGCUAAUGGGCACAUGUGCAGAGAAGCUGAAGAAACGCAUUCAAGGACCUAUCCCUGAGAGGAUCUUGGGAAAGAUGACUGUGGCGAUUGUGAAAGCCCUCUAUUAUUUGAAAGAGAAGCAUGGUGUCAUUCAUAGAGAUGUGAAGCCUUCCAAUAUUUUGUUGGAUGAGAGGGGGCAAAUCAAGCUGUGUGACUUUGGGAUCAGUGGGAGGCUGGUAGACUCAAAAGCCAAAACCCGGAGUGCCGGUUGUGCAGCAUAUAUGGCGCCUGAAAGAAUAGAUCCUCCUGAUCCCUCAAAACCUGAUUAUGAUAUCCGUGCAGAUGUGUGGAGCCUGGGCAUUUCUCUGGUUGAGUUAGCUACAGGUCAGUUUCCCUACAAGAACUGCAAAACAGAUUUUGAGGUCCUCACCAAGGUUUUGCAGGAAGAUCCUCCUCUUCUCCCAAAUAACAUGGAAUUUUCUGUGGAUUUCCAGUCCUUUGUAAAAGACUGCCUUACUAAAGAUCACAGGAAGAGACCAAAGUACAACAAGCUACUUGAACACAACUUCAUCAAGCGUUACGAGACACUGGAAGUGGAUGUGGCAUCUUGGUUCAAAGAUGUCAUGGCUAAGACAGAGUCACCCCGCACGAGCAGCAUCCUCAGCCAGCAUCACCUGCCAUUCUUCACCAGGUAGCCAUGCAGUGUGGCUGCUGUACCAGGGAAGGGGCCCUUGGCUGCCAGAUCUUAAGAGAGAGAGCACCACAACAAGCACCAGCCUUCACUAGAACAACUCUUCAGUGGCAUGAAUUAUCUGCUUCACCUGCUCAGUCACCCUUGCCCAUUUUGUCUUCUUCAGUAUUGCCAGGAAGAGAUGGGUCAUAGGUCUGGUCUUUCUGGAAUGUGGGUAUGUUCCAGGGCCUUUGGCAUUCCAGGCACCACACCAGACAGCCCAAAUGUACAACGCUUUGGAUGAGAAAGUACUUCUUCCGCCUAUGCUUGUAUGUUUCUGGGAUUGAGCAUCGGCCAUCAGGGGUUGCCACCCAGUGAGAGUGUGCUCCUGCUUGUCUCUCUCUACUGUGACCAGAGGCUCGAGGAUAUGCAACAGUGACGCUUGCUCACGCACUGUGAACAGACAGAAAACACACAAAAGGAAAAAAGAAAAGAUAUUUUUUUUACAAGUUAUUUAUUAAGUUUGGACUUCUGGUGCUGUGGGCUGCCUGCUGCCCCUGUUCACCGGUCUCUGCGUUAUUACAUGUCCUUUAUUUGUUUGAUUUUUUUCUCUCUGUGUUUUUGGAUUUGUAUUUGCUAAAGAGGAAUGGGGGCUGGGAUAGAUGAAUUGGCUGCUGCUAUUGAUGCUUAGCUUAGCAGUUGCGGUUGUCUUGAUUUUGUUUGUUCAUAGGGCUUGCGGGUGGGGGUUGCCCUGGAAAGGAAAUGUGUGCUAGAUUCUUGCCCAAGAGUUGCUCAGUUAAAGUAAAUUUUCCCCCUCUUUGGUUCUUUUGAUCUCAGGGUUCCUCUUUUAAGUGUGAGCAAAGUUUUGUCAUUGGUGUUUUAUUACCAAAGUGUGUGUUUGGUGCUAGGAUAAAUGCUUGUUCAUUUUCUUCCAGUAUUUAAGAAAAGGAAAAGCAGAACUUAAAGAUAAUCCUGGCAUCAAGAAAGCCAUUAAAAAAGAGAGUCAGCCCAAAUUAUCUCUAACAUUAGAGAUUCUUUAAAAAAAAAAAAAAAAGUAAUGGUCACAAAUUUAUGACCUCUGAUCUGUUGUGGACUUACUGGUUUAGAGUCUUAACUGGUAGCAACUAUGUAUUUCCAAUUGAGGAGCAAUCAGUUUGCUCUAUGAGACCACUGGCUUGGAACAGUAGCAUCUGUGUGGAUGCUUAACUUUCAAGCAUAUAUGUGUGGUCCUAAACUAUACAGAAGGUUCAGUAAACAAAGAAAGUAGCAUUCUCCUUUAUUUCAGAAUCAAGCUUCUUUUUUGCUAACACUUUCCACAGGAUAAAUGAAAGAAGAGACAAGAUCCAAUCACUUAAAAUUCAAAGGCACCUUUUAAACUGGCCAGCAUUUUCAAGUUGAUGGAGGCAUGCCAGAGGAACCAAGGUGUCUGGGUCACUAACGUUGUAUUGUAAUUUGCAGGCAGUCCGAGCCAUCUUUCAUUUGGAAAUGAAAGUUGGCCAGAGACUUUUGGGAGUGAGUCAGGAGGUUGUUUUCAGGCAGUUCCCAGUUGUAGCGUUUCCAAGAUUCUGGAACUAGUGUACUACUCGAACCUCUGAAUAUUGUUCUGGAGUUGAGACUUGUUCCUGCUUUCUCCUACUAGCAAAAGCUUGGAUACUAUAGCAGAGGCCAGAAAAGGCCCCACACAGUUGUAUCCUCAUUAGGAGGCUGUAGUUAAUGCAGGGCUGAAAAGGAGGUGCAUUUGUAAUGUUUGAUAUUCCAGGUAUAUCAGCCUGGUAUCACCCUGAGAUAAUGGGUCCCGCAUUAUCUGAAUACAAUUUAGUGUAUUCUGGCUGUUCUGCAAAAGAAGCCAUUGCAUUUACAGGACUGAAGGAGUCAGUGGCAGAACCAGAGGAGGAAGAAGAAGCUUUAGCAGAGCCAUAUGUUCAGACUUGGCAUACGGAGGGCUUGGUUAUUAGAGACGAGUUGCUAUGAAGUCAGAUAGGCCUUGCUGAGGUUUUGUCACAGAAGGUGAAUGUGCAAAUCUUACUGGAAAGUAUACAGAUAAUAUGCAUGUUCUGUGAGUGCAGUGCUUUUCAGAACAAAUCCUAACACAGAUUGCAAGGUGCCAAAGAAUUUGGAGAGGAAGGAGAACUGUAUAAGAUGUAGCUCACCUGUUCAGGUGACUGGGUCAAGGUUACUGCAUCGUGUAGACACUCUAUUACUCUGCCAGCUUUAAUUAUGACUAUUAAGGUAGCAUUAUUCAGAAUCUAAAAAACAAGGCUAUUCGUCAUGUGCAAAAACUUUACAAGGCAUGGGAAUUUGUAUAAGAAGAAAAGUGUUUUGAGUGUGUUAUAUGACAAGAGAUCCAUUAUAUGAAAGAAGAUAGAAAAGGAAGGGAGGGAGGAAGGAAGGAAGGGAGGGAGGGAAGAGCUAGCGAAAAUAAAGUGCAGCAAGCAGAAAGAGAAUUUAUGGCUUAAGAAACAAGUUGGAAACAAGGAAUGAUUAUUAGAAGUUUUUACAGAAAUUCAGUAGGAUGAAGCCAGAAGAAAGGUAUAUGAAAAGAAAUGAAGGAUGGUGUAUUAGGGAGACAUUUAAAAGAUGCUUAACUUUCAAGAUGAAUUCCUUUAACAAGUUUAUUUAGAUUCAUUUCACUGGUGAAUUUUGAUUUUACUUAUGAUGGUAACUUCCUAAAAGCUUUCCUCAAUUCUAAAAAAUUCUGAAAGGUAUUUUGGCCCAGUUUGGAAAUACAUUCUAUGUCCAAAUUGAGCUAUAAUACCUUUGGCAAAAUGUAUCUUGCUAAAUCAUGGUCAAGAGAGACAGGAACAAAUAUUAGCUCCUGAUUAGUAAAACAGAAUUUUUAAAAACCUUCUGUUUUUGAACAUAAUGGGGAUGGAAAUCGAAGAUAAAUGGGAUUGACUUACCAGUGAAGUGUGGGGGGGACAUUUAGGCCCAGCACUUAUUCUCAACUUUAUAAUAUAUGGCUUUGGCUUUCAAGAUCUGUUAUAGUUAAUUGUUUUCCAUGUUUAGGUAAUCCAGUGGUCUGCAGGGAUAUGUUCUAUAUAACCAUAAACCAAAUUAUUAAGAUGCCCAUUUCCUUUGAGGCCCACUUAAUAAGCUUCACUUGGGGGUCAUACAGGUCUCAAGCUCCAAAAUCAUUAUAGAAUAAUUUAUGAAGUGAUUAUUGUAUCUAUAAAGAUACUAUGAAAGUGAUUAUUUGCCAGGAUAUUAAGGAAGGAUAUUUUAUUGUAUUUUUAAUUGUUGUGAAGUGCCAAGAGUUAUGAGUCAGGGUGGCAUAUAAACUUAAUAAAUAAAGGUAGAGAAGAAUAAAGCAUGUUUUCUAGAGCCAUUUUGAAAAGUGAUGAGAAAAUUUUGUAUAUUUUGUGGCAAAAUUGGGAAUCAAACAAAGCCUGAAAUGUUUAGAGCAAGAAUGAAACAGGUGCAGUACACAAAACAGCCUCCGGACAACUGUUUCCAUCAGGGACAGGGUCUAAUGGCUAAAGGAUGUAGUGUAAAAAUCAUGGUAGAGCUACAAUCUGGGUGACUGAUUAAUGAGACUGCAUUAGGACAGUUGCAGUAGAAUUCCCAUUAUAUAUGUAUUAAAUCAAAGUAGUCUUAUCUUAGUGACAGGCUCUCAUUUUUCUGCUAGCAUUUUGUUCAGUAAUUCUGUGUAUUUUGCUAACUGCUUAGAGGAAUUCAUCUUGGAAAGUAAAUUGCUGAUUGGCAAGCUAUCAGGGCCUGGGCAUAUAACACUCUGGGUUAAGAAUGUGGGAGAGGGUUCAGAGCAUAGAGAUAUUUAGGAGGGAGUGAAAAGCGGGUUUCCAAAUCUACGUUGAAGAACAGCAUGUACAAGCUGAUAGCGGCAUGGCUACAUAGAGAAAAGAGUGAUGUGCAGAACUGCCCGCUGGAAUAAAGGAAUGUAUAGAAAGUAAGCAGAAAGGCUAUAGAUGGUGGACAGAAGAAUGGCCAUCUAAGCAGUUGAAUAGCCUUGUCCUAACAGCUUGAUGUACCCUUAUUCUGGCUUUGUUGCUUGUUAUUCCAUCUUGCUAGACUAUUAAAUAUACUUCAGCAACGUAACCAUAGUAGUUGGUAGAGAACAAGUGAUACAUAAUAUGACAGCUGGCAUUUUCACCCCUCCAGGAGAUCUUUAUCCUGAAGCUAGCAGUGAAUCUGCAUUCUGACUGGAUAGAAAACUUUUUUAGUUUUUAAAGCUCCAAAUCUCUUAACUGUUUUAAUAGCAGUUCCCAGCAUGAAUUGGUUAAAGCUGAACCAGUCCCCUGGAAGUCUUAAUCAAACAAUGAACUGGGGGCAAAGAAGUUGUUAAAUAACCAGAUCUUCUUCUUUAUAAAAAGCAAAAUCCCACUAAUCCUGAGUUUGUAAACUUGAGAUAAUUUUUUAUAAAUACGUUUUUUGUGUUUCUUUCUGGUGUUUUUAAGAAUUUGAUAGUAAUUUAUUUGCUGCUUCUUGGGACAAAUGGGGGCCUAUUGACUCCUAUGAAUAAGUGCCUUCUAUUCCCUCCCUGCCAGAAAUAAUACCAGUUGCAUUUUUAAGGUAACAGGAUUUAAGUUACUGUUGACUAUUUCUUAUAUCGCAUCUUGUGAACUUGGAAUUGUUAAAAAAGUGGCCCAUUCUUGAAAAAUGCUUAAAACAAUCAGUAGUCAUAAGAGCAUUGAUUGUGCUCAACUUACCUUUUCUACUGGGAGCUUGUAGUAUCCAUCCUUUGGCUGUUAUAUCCACAUGACAGUUCUGAAAGCCCUUUAAUCUUCCAGAUGUUUUUGGGCUACAUCUGUUUUCAUCUCCUUAACCAGAGGGGGUUAAUAGAAGAUGCAGUUCAGAGGGUCACAGAUUCUAACCCUACUGAGUGCCACAAGUCUUCAAGGCCCAGGAGAGCUACUUCUAGAAAGUUAGGAAAUUAAUUAGCCAAAAUUAUUGAAAAUGUGUCUAGUAAGGUUCUGUUUUAUUACAUGAACAGAAGAACAGUAGCGGGGAAGGAAAAGGGUACCAUCAAUCUCAUGAUUUUGUCAUCCUUCCUUUCCACGGCAAACAUUUGAGUCAUUUCAGAGGCUUCAAGGAAUUAGACUGCCUUGUAUUUAAGUAUUUCAGUGCGAUCAAAAUGGGACUGUAGUAUUUGUAAGUGGCUAAUAGAUGAAAGAUAUUAGCUGCUGUUUUAUAAAAUUGUAGAACAGAAUAAUUCUUCUGUUACAAAAUGCAGCAAGUGUCAAUUAGGAUUAAGUUUCUAGACAGGAAACAGCUUUCUUAAACUAAAACUAUAUCCUUUUCCAGAUGAAAGAAAGAAGUAUAGGGAAUUAUGGAAAAAAAUUGAUUCACUUCCUAAAGGGAUAUUAUUAUCAAGAAUUCAGGAUAGUUUUUGUUGUGGCAAGUUUUAAAUAAAAGAGUUUACUGGAAAUGUUGGUACAAGAGAGGUGCUGUUUUUGUCCCUCUCAAGAAAUUAGUGUGGAUUCAUUGUUCUGUUUCCUCUUGGAUUUGAAGCUUUAGGAUAUCACAGACUAUCCUAAAAACGUUGGCCUCUGGAAAAACAUGUAUCUUCCUCCUUUUGGUUUAAAGAGAAAGCAAGAAUAGUCUCUUACAAGGAGCUUGCCUACCUUUCAAAUUUGGAAGAAUGCCUUCUUCCAUUUCGAAGCAGCUGAAAUAUAGAUUCCUUGUUGGGGAAGAUGUGGGGCAGUAGUAGGUAUAGGAAGUGUUAAAGGGUUUUUUUCAAUUGUUCAAAAUAUGGGAUGUCUUUUAAAGAAGAGAGAGAAAUGCAGUUUUAUUGCAUUUUUAGAAUUAUUUUUUUAAUGUAUUGAUUUAGAACAAAUCUUUGUUAAUGUUAUUUUUAAUCUGGGUGGCUCAUGUUUACAAUCGCCUGCCUGACAUCUGCUCUUAAAGUGUGUGGGGAUAUUGGGGUUGGGGAGGGGCACCUGUGUGCAGCGUGUGAUGCAUGCAAUUCAAAUGGGGAUUUUAAACAAAACUGUAAAAAAAUCAUGCCAAAGUUAAGGCAGAGAUUAGCUGGAUAGAUGGUUAUAUUCUAGGCAUUAGCAGUUCACUAUAUUCUCUAUAUAUCAUAUAUUAUAAAUUUGCAUGUUAAAGUAAAUAGAAGUAACCUAUCCUAUACAGAAAGCAACUUUUAACUUGGAUUCCUUGUAAAUUUGGUCACUUGUCUUGAUUCAGGAUUGUCUGAACACCUGUUUUAGGACCUGCUUGGUUUUGUUUUUUGUUUUUGGUAGCCACUAAAUCUUUGUUUUGUUAUCUUUUCAUGAAAAGGGCAUGAUUUAUCCAAAGUUUCAUAGAGGGGGUUGAGAAUAGAGCAACCUGAGUUGCAGCCAGCACAGAACUGGUGGUCAGUGGGCAUUUCCCCAGACAGUAUGCCUUUCUUUUUUGCUGGCCUAUUCUACUGGAAUCUACAUAAUGAAAGUAUUGGAGGACUUUGCACCACUGAAGGCACCUGGUCAAUGUUAUACCCUUAGGAAGGUCAAAGAUUUCAGUUUGGCUUUGUUUGUUCAACCGUUUGCUCUGUUGUUACUUCCAAUAAUCAAGGCUACAUUUGUGUACAUUUAUUUAUUGCCCACAGGGAACUGUGUGUUAUUUUAAUUUUUUUUUUAACUUCCCUUUCUUUCACUUCUUAAAGAAAAUGUAUUUUUUGUUGAUAGCAUUCACUGAAUAGACUGUCAAAGUGGAAAGAUGGGACAUAGCAAAUAACACUGCAGUCUUUAGAAUUUUGUUCUGCUAAAUCCCAGCAUUGAUACUUUUCCAAGAGACGUGUGGUAUUCAAGCUGCAGCUGGGCAUGAGAGGUUCUGGACCCAUGUAACUUUGAAACCCCCAGGGUUCAAUGUCCCAUCUUCAUGCUGUUCAAGGGACCCAAAGAAAGCAGAUCAUCAACAAAGGGAUAGGGAAGUAAACUUUUUUUUUUUUUUAAGUUUGGUUGACAGAUAGAUGAAAUUAUUUGUAGGCAGUAUUGGGAGGAGAUGUGAGACUGGGAAUCAGGAUGCUCAAAAUUAUGUAGAAUUACCAAACUAUAUUGAAUCGUGAGAUUUGCUUUAUACCUGUAAUUUAAGCUGAUGUUAAAUAUAUUUGCCUACUGGCUUCAGACUUCUAGAAUAGAACAAAUAGAGCAUAUUGUUACCAACAAAGCUUUUAAGAAAAGGUAUAUUCCUAAUAUAGAUGACCUGUUUAGAUUAUCUCCCAAAAACCUAGUUCACAAAAGUUGCAAUCAAAAACAGAAGUCUAUAUAGCUUUGUGGAAGAGAUGAAGACACAUGUGAUAAUUGUAGGCGAAUGAAAAGGAAAAGUGACAGACACUGUCUGGUACUUUCUGAAGUAGGCAGAAAGGAUUCUUCCUCUGCUUGCCUCUGUCGUAGCUAGUAAAUAUUCUCCCAGAUCAGAGGAAUAAGAAUUAAAAGGUUAUAGGGUAAGCGUUAUUUUAAAAGGUUGUGCAAACAACUGACUGGGGCAGAGAUGUAGAGGGUUUCCCCGUGUCUUUAUUUCUCUCUAUUUCAGGAGUGAUGGUUUCCAUUACUGUUUCUGACAAUACAUACUUAGUUGUAGAGUCAGAGCAAUUUGGAGAAACUAUGUUUCCUCUCAAAACUUUAAUGUCGCUUUGAAGAAGCGCCUUUUUCGCUGAUCCUUCUUGAGAGGCGCUUUUUAGAAAAGCACCAAUUAUCUAUCUAUCUAUCUAUCUAUCUAUCUAUCUAUCUAUCUAUCUAUCUCAUUCAGCUUCUCUUCUCUUUUUUUAACAGUUUGAUUCUAGUUCCAUACUGGUGUUUAACAAACCAUUUUUUAAAAAAAAGCAAGGUAACAGUACUUAUACAAAAGUACUAAAGUUAUUUAUCUGGGCAGUGGCAAAGGCUGAAAACCCUGGUUUCAAAAACUCAAUCAUCCUCUUCCUAUAUCACACGAAUCUGUGACAUAUUCUGACUAAGCCACUUGAAUAUGCCAACAGUCUUCACUCCCAUCCAAUGUUUCAUGGAGUCCAGCAUAUAUGCCUUCCUGACCUUGCUGGAGAAAUUUCUCAUUAUGUUUCUAGGGGCAUUGUUACAAGCAUGAAAAGAAUUCAAGUGCCAACUGUACAAUUUGAUGUUUUUAUAAUAGGGUGGGGUUGGCAACAACAUCUCUAGAUGGAGCCCAUUGAUUUCAAAUUUUUGUUUUAAUCACAAAUGAUCAAGGUCUCAUGCCCAAUUACCACAAUCUGUGUAUUUGCAUAAGAACUCAUGAGGUUUGGGCCAUUCAAAAAAUUGCUUUGCUGCCUGUGGUAUUACACAAAAAUCCCACGUUGGUGCUUGCCCUGAAAAGUUUACUGGAUGCAGUGAUCAGAUACAGAACCUUUCCAUAGGGCAAUAAGAACAUGUAGUCUUCUUGGAAUGAACAUUAGAGUCCAUCUGCAAAAACAGGAAGUUCUGAGUUACGGUCUGCUCUUCGCAGGCUCGGAUAACAUAGGUAUGGCCUUGGGCCGGCUGAACAGUUUCUGUGUGGUUAGUUGAGCUUACGGUUUUCCUACAGACUGAAAAAUCAGAAAACAAGUUUUCAAUUUUAUUAUCAGUUAUGUCUUGGAUCAGUUUUAAAAAAUGGUUGAGGAACUUCAGAUGUCUUCAACAGUCUGGUAUGAAAUACACCUCUUUCUGUCCCUCUGUUACAAGUGAACCAUCCUGUAGGUUCAAUAAAGCUACAUAUGGCAAUUCUGGAUUACCUAUUUCAACUUCUUUGCUAGUCAUCUCUCAGGUUGGGCUCAUGGUCCUGAACCCCAUUGUCCAUUACUUGGUAUGUUCAAAGUCUUAGAACAAGGAUUUUCUUCUAGUCGCCAUCCUUGUUCUAUACCCGUAGUCCAAAUAGUUUGCCAUAGUUUGCCUCCAGGUAGUGAGGUCAGUCUGGUCCAUUUGAGUGGAACUUUGGGAUUUAAAAACACAUCAACAAUAGUGUAAAGCAAAGAACAUUCUUCAUUACUUUUGAAAAGCUUUUUUUACUGUUUGUACAAACCCUCAUAGAAGCUUAAAAACAAAAUAAAACGUUCUUUCCCUAAA